CUGAUUUUAGUAAUGCAAAGUAGCAACAGGAUCCUGUUACAGCUCUAGUCCUGAGGCAAAUAUGAGAUGUCUACUACAACAGCUAAGGCAAAUACUUAGCAAUGGCCAGUUUACCCAACUGAGGCAAUCACAAUAGAACGAGUGCACACCAUAAUCUUUUCAGUAAGGACUAUCUUUCCCAAAGCAUGCCAUACCAAAAAAUUUUGAUAACUCAUCCGGUGAAUUCAAGGACCAUAAUGAGUAAAAUGUUUUCAAAAUUUAAUCAUCUUUUCAGCAAGCAACAUUCGAAAAUCUAUACAUAUAGGAAAAACUGCCCAUCAGUCACAUUAGGCUUGCUAACCAAAAUGCUUGUUAGAUGUGUGUACAAAUUCAAAUGUCUAUAUAAGUCCAUCUCAACUAAUAUGACCAUUGGUCAUUGAAUGUGAUUAUUUGCAUAUUAAAGCACACAUUUAUCAGAUGUGACCAACAUGAAAGAUUCACUAGUAUUGCUAAUUUAAUAUCUAAGGGAUUGAUUAUCUUAUUAAUAUGCCCAUGCAACUACUCUCAAGUAUGAAUGUGUAUGCACAAUAUACAUAGCACACCAACUUGUGGGUCUCCAAAAACCACUCCAGUUAGUCACAUGAUUUGAUCUUGAAAUGAACAGCCAACCACAGUCUUGUAUCUUUCUAAAUGUUUCUCUCUACCCACAUCUAUCUCAGGGCCUUCUAGCAGAAUUCCAACUUCUUAACAGUCUUAAUGAACUGAUCCUCGUUCUUUUGCUCUUUAGCAAUUCUAAGUCCUUCCUUUAAAGUCCCAUCUUCCUUGGAAUCUAAGUAUACCUAUAUUUCUGUCUACUAGAACAGCCUGGAGAUCUAAGAUCAAACCCUCGAAAGAAAUAUCAAAAUGAAGGUAAGUCCGAACUCUACCAAAUUUGGAAUUACACUAAUGUUUUCAAUCCUUUAACUCAAUCUUUGCCUUCCACUGCUGCAGUUACUGGACUGGCUGCACCAUAAAUUUCGUCAUAACAGCAUCGAGCCUUUCAAGGAUUUUACAAUUGGUAUUCAAACUGUCCUCAUCAACUUUUUUCUCCCCUUCAAAAAAAAAAAAAAAUCCCUGCUGAAGGCAUACAUCAUCAUUACAUAAAUCAUCAGAGUAAUCAGGUUAAUACACAACCAUGAUAAUUGCUUCUGCUACUCAAUGUCUUACAUUGUGAUUAUACAUUAGAAUCUACAGAAUUCUUCACAAUCUAAAAAGAUAAUCACAGAAACUACCUAAAACAAGCAAAAGUUAAAAAAAUCUGGUGGCCUUUGAGAUAGGUGGUCUCAAACAAUCAGAACACAAACAUUUUCAGUUAUUAUAGCACUUUAGCAAUGAAGUUGGGUGAUAUCACCAACCUUUUGUGGACACAGGGCCACCUUAUUAAGGUUCUCAGUGGUAAGUGAUGGGACCACCUUGUUCUACAGUCCACAUCAUUCAGUGAAGAAAGCACUCAACCCUUAACUCUAACAGGCAUACAUGUCCAGAAUGGAGCAGCCAUUAAAUUGGUCCACAUUCCCCUUUCUAAAGCACAAAAGAAAAAAGAAACAAAAAGGAAUACUGAUAUGUCUUUCUCAUAGACAAGUCUUUCUUCCCUAAUUAUUUUCAUGGAUAUCCUAACUCUUUUUUGGAACUAUAAUUUCAGGAAACCCUUGCAUUUGCCUUACUGCACAGCCAUCAAUUGAUGACCAAGACUUCUACACGAAGCCAAGCUUUGGCUCCACAUACAAAUCCAGAUCCUUAAAGCAACCCAAACAGGAAUCUGGAAAAUCUUUUUCUGACUCUGACGCCAAGAAAGAGGAAGGAAAUUUAGAAGAAGAAACAUCUACUGUAAUCUCUGAGCUCUUCAAUGGCUUUCUCACCAUUGGAACCCUUGGUCUGGAACCAAUCAUGAGUGAGCCAGCUACACCAACAUUUGCCAUGCCUCUGGAGAGCUUAAAUGAGAGCAAAACAGAGGUAACAGAGAAUGACUUGAAGCUCAUCAACUAUGAGCUGGAGAAGUUCCUUGAGGCUGAAACUAAAGAAUGGUGCGAUGAAUCAUCAGGACGGAACAGUAUUGCUAGCACCAUUACACUCAGUGGCAAGCCAAUGGAUGUGGCUGAAAAUGAAGAUUAUGAGAAAAUUUUGGUAUGUCCACUGCAAGGAUAUCUAUUUGGCUCUUCAAUUGAACUGCCAGAAACAAGAAAAGAAGUAAAGAAAGAGAAGGCAUCACUUGCAGAGCUGUUUCAUAGGACAAAAAUAACAAAUGAAGAAAACACAAAGAAAAGUGAGAAAGGGGAGAUGCAAGACAAGAAAACGCAUAAAUCUGCUAUGCAUCUCAUGAAGAAGAUGCUAAAGAAGCUCCAUGCUUCCUCAAGGAGCUCCAUCCCUUCUGCUGCUGGUGAUGCAGCUGACUCAGUUUCAACCAAGAAGAUACUCCACAAGGUCAUACGUGUGUUCCACAGAAAAAUCCAUCCUGAAAGCUCUAUAGCUGAAAGAGAAUUUGUUAAUUCCCAUAAAUAUAAGGUCAAAAAAGCUCCCAGUGGUAGCUAUAAUAAUGGAGAUCAGAUGCACUUGGGUGAAGACAAUGAUGCCUUUACUCUAGAGCCCAUGUCAAAGAUAAGCCACCGUUACAAGACCAAACUGAACCCACCCCAAGAUGGGCUGCAUGACAGUAAUCUAAGUGCAAAAGAGCAUUGGAUCAUGACAGAUGCAGACUACUUGGUGUUGGAGCUUUAGUGACUGAAUCUGAAAGAAGGUAAUAUUAUGUCAUCAUCCUCUACAAGUAAAAAGUGUACAUUUAGUGUUUAAUAGUACAUCUUACUAUGUUGUGAGUGAUUAUGUGAUGAUGGACUUAAGAGAAAGUGAAGGGUCAAGAAGGUGUCUGUCUUAUCUUCCUCAGUGUGAUAAUAAAGCUGUAACUAAGUUUCAUACAAGCUUCCUAAUAAUGCUAUUUUGAGUAUCUAGAAGUAAUACUUUUAUCAUUAAGAAUAUCCCAGGAUUUAUGUAACAAGGCCCUUCCUAUAUAAUUGCCUAUUUUCUUCUGUGGAACACCUCAUACAUUUAUUGGACAUGAUGUUUGCACAGUUAGCCAUCUGCAUGUGUUCUUGUGUGGAGUCAAACUAGAAUUAAAAUUUGUUAAUGU